UUCUUGAACGUUUUCAAAUCCGAGUACGCACUACAGUCCGUGGAAACAGUAGAGGACCGUGCUAAUUCCCAGCGAGCGACGGUAUUCACUCCGCUGCGCGUGCAGGCGYUCACCACUUCGGGGAAAUGGCUUAUCUUUGAAAGAGCUCGAGCAUUGUGUCGGUUGUAAAAGACAUUCGUUUCUCGGAAAUGCAACAUGCGGCAAUAGUAAAUAGAGUGCUAUUAAUUCGUUUUYUAUAAAAACGUUUCCAAACGCAUAUUUAUGUUUGAUUUGUAGCAGAAUUGUUAAUUAUUUUUUUCAUACGUGCAUAACAGGAUUUAGACAUGCAAUGCUGGAAUGCUGAGGAUUCCUCUGACAGUUCUCAGCGCGAGGGAUUAGUGAUGGAGCUUUGAUCGGCAAACACAUCCACUUGUUUUUUUGUCGGGAUGUUAUUAAUAUUUACACGUUAUAGACACGAUUUAUGAACAAAUGCAAAGAUAAAGAAUAAUUGCAAAUACUAACCGCAAGUUUUUGUUGUUGAACGAAGGGUGAGGGUGUACUGCAUGCAGCCUCUUCYGAAUGGUUGACGUAGACAACGUCGCAUUUUCAUUUGAUUCAUUCAACUUUUUGAUCCGAGGUACCACCUUUAUUUCCGUAUCAUGUAUUCACAUUUCAAUACAAUUCCGCAAUUGAGACUCGGUUAGUUUAGCCKAAACAUCCAGUUGACUGCCUUCCUGUUAUAUCUGACCGGGGAGAAAGCACAGACGCGCGGUGAGACAUGGCUAAAAACCUGUCGGAGGGACCCAAGGAGCCAGACCUGAAUCAGCUACCGGAUGAAGAGCUGCUGCGAUGCGGCAAGGAGGAGCUGGUCAAGCGGCUACGGAGGCUGGACAACGAGAAGAUGAGCCUAAUGAUCGACCACGGCAACAUGAUGAAAGACGUUAACCGGAGGCUGCAGGUGCACCUGCACGAGAUCCGCAACCUGAAGGAGAUCAACCAGAAGCUCCAGGACGACAACAACGAGCUGCGCGAGCUCUGCUGCUUCCUAGACGACGACCGGCAGAAGGGCAAGAAGCUGACCCGGGAGUGGCAGCGGUUUGGCCGGUACUCCGCGAGCGCCAUGUGGAAGGAGGUGGGCACCUACCAGCUAAAGCUCAAAGAGCUCGAGACCAACCAGGAGAGGGUGGUGCGCGAGAACACGGACCUGAAGGAGAUCAUCUUCAUGCUGGAUGAGGACAGGAACGGAGUCGGUUCCCGGAGCUCCAUAGACUCCCAGUCCAGCCUCACCAACCUGAAUGGCGGGACAGGGACAGUUCGGGAUGUCGGGGAUGGGAGUAGUACCUCCAGCACAGGGAGCGCAGGAAGCCCCGACCACCAUAACGGCCACAACCACAUACACAAGCUGCCCGCGGAGAGGGAGGGCAAGCUGGGAAGCACCUUCCAGAGGAGGUCCAUGGAUGACCUGUCAGCACCACACCAUCACAGGAGCAUCCCUAAUGGACUCUGUGGUAAGUCGAAGUUCCUACACCUGUCAUACACCUGUUAUACUCACCUGUCAUACACCUGUUAUACUCACCUGUCAUUCACCUGUUAAACUCACCUGUCAUUCACCUGUUAUACUCACCUGUCAUACACCUGUUAUACUCACCUGUCAUACACCU